GCCGAUGUGACCAAAUCCCCAUGCAAGCAAAGAACCGACCAUUCAGAUUCCUCUGGACAAUCUCAUCGUUAGCAGGUAGUACGUCUUGACGCUGGAGAGGCAAUGUGUGCUCGUAGAAGAACACUUCUGACCAGAUGAAACUGUAUGGGGAAAGACUGCAGGCGCAGAUGUUCAAGAAGGUGCCUGUGUUCCGGAUACCCGACUUGGAGGAAGCGAGGAGGCAGCGUGAUCUGGGCAUACCUACGGCUACGGUCUUUUUGCUUGAUGUGGGCAUAUGGGCCAUAUACUUGUAUCUACAGUAGAAUUUUCG